AUGUCUUUGGGGAUUUGUCUCUUUAAGUGCAGCAGGAAUAAACAGCAACAAAGCAGGAGCAGCAGCAGCAGCAGCAGCAGCAGCUGGCAGCAGCCGACACAAAGCGAGCCCUUCGCCUCGAGCAGCAAACAGUGCCGUAAACACGAAGCCCUGCGUCGUCUACAGCAGCAGCAGCAGCAGCAACAGCAGCAGCAGUUAAACUCAAAGCCCCGCUACAGGCCUAAGCAGCAGCAGCAGCAGCAGCAGCAGCAGCAGCAGCAGCAAGAAAAGCGCCGAGAAGCCACAAGCAGCGGCAGCAGCAGCAAGAAAAGCGUCAACAAAACAACUCCCGCAAAUCCAACAACACCAGCAUCAGCAGCAACAACACAACAGCAGCAGCAGCAGCAGCAACAGCAGCAGCAGCAGCAACAGCAGCAGCAGCAACAGCAGCAGCAGCAGCAGCAGUUACGAUGA